AUGCCGCCGAAGACGAACAAGAAGGCUAAGAAGGCCACGGGCCCUUCCAAGGCAGAGUUAUCGUUGCGGAAGGCGGCACAGACCACCCUGGAGCAAGGACAACAACAGACGCUUGAUGAACUCAUGGCGUGGCUGCAGGCCAAUCCCGCUCAAGCUGGGUCCAUCCUCGCUUCCAUCAAAACGAAAGCUUGGGAUCUAGGUCCUGCGACUGAGGAAGAGUGCGACAAGUUGCCACCGUACAUGAACAAAUUGAAGACUCUUCCGAAGGGGCAGCUGAUCGACUACAUCACGAAUCUGGUCCCUGGCAUGGGUCCUUGGCUCUUGUCCCUCGAUCGCAAGACCAGAAAGGAGGAGCUGUCCAAUAUCUUGGCAUAUCUCGUUCACAUGCAUCCCGCGUCCGCCCUCACGACGAAGCGAGAGUCGAAGUUGAAGAAGGACUUGGAAGAACGCUGGUCCCUCUAUGGGAACCGUGCAAAGACGUGGGUGGCUGAGGGCGGAGUUGAGGCGUUUUGGAAGCAGAACGGGUAUUGGUCCCUCGACAUCGAAGCCGGCAAGGGGUUCCUCGUUUACUCUGCCAAUGGGGAGGGGGUAUUCGACAAGAACCGCGUGGCCCUUCCUGAUGACAUGGUCUCAGAUAAUACCACGUUGGAAGGGGGCCAUCUUUUCGAUGGUGCUCUGAUCAAGAAAGGGGCGCUGAUGCGGGGAGUGGCCCAUCUCUUGUCAGAGCUCGGGAUUGCGAGCAGGUGGGAGAAGCCCCUCUUCCUGAAGGAGGUCCCCGGAGACAGCAUCGGCGCCAGCGCGACUCCGAGUGCUGGGAUUGGUGGCCCUUCUGCAGGAUCCAAGAAGCCGGACCACAAGAAGUCUAAGAAGGAAAAGAAGCGCCGUCGCAGUUCCUCCUCGGAUUCAUCCUCCAGCCCAAGAAGGAGAUCCACGUCGUCCAAGCAUCGCUUCAGCACGCCAAUGAAGGUCCGUCGCGAAACUAAGAGUGAUGCUUCCAGCCCCUUCAGCAGCAAGUCCUCCAAUGCUUCCCCAAAGGCCUCUCCCAAGAAGGCGAACAAGAAGAGCGGCACGCCGCCGAAGAAGAGCACGCCGCCGAAGAAGAGCACGCCGAUGAAGAGUGUCAGUGUCGUGAGCCCAUCCCCAAAGAAGAAGUCAAAAGCGGCUACCCCGCCGAAGGGCAACGGGAGCGUGCUGGUCGACUGA